AAUAACCUAACCUAAUAGUUAAUAAUUGUCAAGACUUAAGAUACACAAAAAUCUAAAUAACAGAUGUAAAUCAAUGCCCAAUCUUAAGUUAUAAGCAUUUAAGUAUAGUGACUUCAUUCUAGUAUUGUCUUCUUUAAUGACUCUUUAGUGCAACAGUAAAAUUCAAAAUGUUAUCGAUCAAGAGAUUACCGACACUGUCUACAUCUAAAAUUCAAUCUAAAUUUCAUUUAGACUUUCGAAAAGUUAUUCUCGAGAAGCAAAGUACGAAGAACUUCCACGGAAACUUAAUUAAUUUGUGUAAAUCUGUAACAGUUUUGCGCCAGAUAAAUAGUAAAUCUGCACAUACACAGCAAAAGCAACUACAUGCAGAAAUCAAAGCAGCAUGUCAUUUACUGGAAAGAUCACAUUUACCUGGAUUGAGUACAUUAUUUCACAGUGCAAUAUGUGGUACUCGAGGCUUCCAUACAUCAUCAAACAAUUUCAAUAAAGAUGACGAUAAGGAUAAAGACAAAAAGAAAAAUGAUGAAGAAAAUAAUGUGCCAUCACUACUGGUGAAAGCAGCGUUUUGGAUGCUCACUACAAGUAUCCUUGUUAUACUGAGUUCUCUACUGGUUCCCGGAGAUAACACGCAAAAUGAGAUGGUGCGCUAUGUUUCUUGGAAUGAAUUUGUUUACUCAAUGCUUUCCAAAGGUGAAGUAGAAGAACUCAUAGUCAGGCCAGAUAUUGAAGUAGUCACUAUCAUUCUACAUGAAGGUGCAAUCAUCAAGGGAAAGAAGGCUACUCACCGGGUAUAUCACAUGAAUGUUGGAGAUAUUCACAGAUUUGAGGAGAAACUACGAGAAACUGAAAAUAGUCUGGGCGUUAAAGAAGGUGUUCGAGUAAUCUAUGACAGAAAUGGAAGUGUUGCUGGCAAAAUCAUUGCUAGCAUACUUAUUGCUGCAGUUAUCCUGUCAUUCUUGUAUUCAACAAGGUCUAUGAAAAUGAACAUGAACCUUGGUGGCUUUAAUCAACUUGGUCGUGCGAAGUUCACGUUAGUGAAUUCUAUGAGUGGGCAAGGCAAAGGAGUAAAGUUUGAAGAUGUAGCCGGCCUUAAAGAAGCAAAAGUUGAAAUUAUGGAGUUUGUGGACUACCUUAAAAGACCAGAGCACUAUAAAAGUUUAGGUGCCAAGGUUCCAAAAGGGGCUCUAUUACUUGGCCCUCCGGGAUGUGGCAAGACGCUGCUGGCGAAAGCUGUGGCCACAGAAGCUAAUGUACCUUUUCUCUCUAUGAAUGGUUCGGAAUUUAUAGAGAUGAUAGGGGGUCUAGGAGCAGCGAGAGUCAGAGACCUGUUCAAAGAGGCCGCAUCCCGCGCGCCGUGCAUAGUGUACAUCGACGAGAUGGACGCCGUGGGGCGCGCGCGCUCCUCCUCGGGCGCGUCGUUCGGGCCGGGCGGCGGCGAGGGCGAGCAGACGCUCAACCAGCUGCUCGUCGAGAUGGACGGCAUGAAGAGCCGCGAGGGCGUCGUCGUGCUAGCCUCCACUAACCGGGCUGACGUGCUCGACAAGGCUUUACUGCGCCCGGGCCGUUUCGACCGUCACAUCCUGAUUGAUUUGCCGACAUUGAUAGAACGGGAAGAAAUAUUCGAGAGGCAUCUCAAGAGCAUCGUCCUCGAGGACUUACCCAGUCACUAUGCCAAACGACUGGCGUACCUGACGCCGGGCUUCAGCGGGGCGGACAUCGCCAACGUGUGCAACGAGGCCGCGCUACACGCCGCCCGCCACAAGCAGAACAUCGUGCGCGCCGCCGACCUAGAGUACGCUGUCGAGCGGGUUGUUGGUGGAACAGAGAAAAGGAGUCACUCGAUGUCUCCAGGAGAAAAGAAGAUAGUAGCCUACCAUGAAUCAGGGCAUGCGUUAGUCGGCUGGUUGCUGGAGCACACCGACGCCCUUCUCAAGGUCACCAUCGUGCCUCGCACCAACAUGGCGCUGGGCUUCGCGCAGUACACCACUUCGGAUCAGAAACUGUAUUCUAAGGAGGAGCUAUUUGAUCGAAUGUGCAUGGCGCUCGGGGGGCGAGCUGCCGAAGCCAUCACCUUCAACUCGAUCACCAGCGGAGCACAAAACGAUCUCGAAAAAGUCACCAAAAUAGCUUAUGCUCAGGUACGUGUAUAUGGCAUGUCUUCAACGGUCGGUCUAGUAUCCUUCCCCGACCUGAAAGACAGAGGCAAGAGCCCCUUUAGCAAAACGCUUAAGAAUCUUAUUGACCUGGAAGCGAGAAAACUGGUAGCCAAAGCGUAUUACAGGACUGAGGAGAUUCUCAGAACUAACCAGGAUAAACUGAAAGCCUUGGCGGAAUCGCUCCUUGUCAAAGAAACUCUGAACUUCCAAGAGGUUCAAGCGAUACUGGGCCCUCCACCUUUUAAGGGGAAGAAGUUCAUCGAGCCGGUCGAGUUUGAAACCAACUUGAGAAGUCUAGAAACGGCGGCGACAGCCGAGGAGAGCUCGAACAUCGGGGCGCCGUCGGCAAAGCCCGAGCCCGGUCCACAACAGCAUAAUACGUAGAACUUGUUUUGAAAUGCUAGUCUGAUGCGCAAUAAUAAUAAAUGUUUAUCUAUUUUACUUGAA